AUGAACAAAUCCAAGACGAAAUUUAUUUCCAAUUUGUCUCAUGAGUUGAGAAAUCCAUUACAUGGACUUUUGGUUACUGUUGAAUUAAUGCAACUAGAUAUGAAAAAGAUUUCGGAAACUUUACAAAAUUUGGUGGGAUUGAAAAUAGAGAGUUUUGGAAAGUUUGUCACUAGGUUGCAAAACGACUUGAAGGCUCAAUUAGAAUUAUUACAUGAUAUUGAAAGCAAUUCCAAGAUUUUCAUGGAUGUAUUUUCGAACUAUCUUCAGAUUAGCAACUUAGAACUUGGUAAAAUUAAGCUCAACAACUUUCCAUUUAAUAUUUUAGAAUUGACUGAUUCAAUAUUGUCAGUUUUCACAAAUUUAGCCAAAGAAAAAGGACUGAUGCUGCAAUCUGUUCUUGAUUUAAAUAAGGUUCCACUAUAUUUGAUAGGAGAUCAUGUUAGAUUGUCACAAAUCUUGCUCAACUUUGUUUCUAAUUCUGUCAAAUACACUAAAAAAGGAAGUAUUAUGUUGAAUUGCACAGUUUGUGAUAAAACAGAUGAAGAUUAUCCAUUCUUAGAGGGAAGGAGCAUUAUUGAUACGGAGGAAUUUAUAUGUUUGAAAGUAACUUGUCAGGAUACUGGUAUUGGAAUACCAACAAAAGAUAUUCGUAAUUUAUUCCGACCAUUUCACACUGUUGAUGGUGCAUCUAUGGAUUUUGAAAGGUAUUACUCUUAUUCUGUUAUUAAUCAAAAUAGAGGCUCAUUCCACGAAAGCCAUGGAAUUGGUUUAUCACUUUCGAAUCAAUUCAUUGAGCUAAUGAAUGGAAAAAUCAAUUUUGAGAGUGAAAUUGGAGUUGGAACCAAAGUAACAAUCUACAUUCCUCUAAAGAAAUGUAACAUGUCUCAAAUUGCGAAAAUUGAUUCAAGAAUUUCUGAGGAAAUUGAGGAAAUUAAGAACUUUUCAAUCAGACAAGUUUUAAUUCUAGAAGAGAAUGAUAAUUUAUCCUAUUCUUUAGAGCAACUGUGUAGAUCCAUCUAUCCAAAUGUAAAUUCGAUGAAAGUUAAUACUUUGAAAUCUCUAAAUGAUGUUAUUGGAAAUAUUCCAAAAUAUUUCCAAUCAAAUACCCUUCCACAAUCAAAAGUUCUGAUAUUUUACCCAUCUAAUUCAAAAAUAUUUACUAUUGAAUCAUUUAGUCCAAUCACUACGAAUGCUAUAAUUAUUUCUACGAGUCUCAGGCAUUCCUCUCAAUUGUCAACAUCUGACAUUUACCUACCUACUCGAAUUGAACACUUUAUUACCACAAUCCACUCUAAAAUUUCAUCAACCAAACUCACAUCAAUUGCUCCUUCCAAUUCUAAUUCAAUUUUUCAUUCCAAAAAGGUUCUUGUUGUUGAUGACAACCAAGUCAAUAGAAAAGUUUUACAGAAAAUGACAAACAAUCUUGGAUUUAAUUCUCAAACAGCAUGUGAUGGAUUAGAAGCUUUAGAAACAUUCAAAAAGGAAAUGAAUUUUGAUUUAAUCUUAUUGGACUUACUAAUGCCAAUUAUCUGUGGAAAGGAAUGUUGCAAACUCAUUAGGUCAAUUGAGAAGGAGAGAAAAUGCAAGAUUGUAGCAGUAACUGCAAAUGUUUGGGAGUGA